AGGAGUGAAUCACUGUCUAGGGCUGCUGGAAAAUUAAAGGACAAAGAGGUAUCAAUUUACGAUCCUUCCUGUAGCCAGUGUUUAGUUCAUUGAGCGGCGAAAGUUAUCACUAUGGCUUUCAGCAGCAACGAUAAAAGAUGGCUUGUGACUCUAGUUGCCUCAAAUAAGGUCGUGGCCCCAGUUUUACAGGAUAUCGUAAAACAAGGAAUGGCCGAGCUGUAUGCUGCCCUUAAUAAUCACCUUAAUGGUUUACCGAUACCUUGCAGUCUACAGACACUGACCUACGCGGAUGUAUGCCAUCUCGCAGCAACCCCAAGUCUUGCUUCUUCGCUUAAAGACCUAAGUUUUGGAAAUAUUAACAACAAUUGUGGUGUCCACGGUAAGAGCAAAAAGGUCUACAACUACAAUGUAAGCAGUCUAGUUCAUCUUGCCAAGCUGUACCUCCCAUACUACCUGGCGGUUUUCUCGGCAUUCGACAAAUCUAUGGAUUUGAGUGCCGCUCUUAGACUUUUGGGGUAAGGGAAUUAUCCCAUUCAAAUAUUCGCGUCUUCUGACCCUUUGCACGAUAUUCAGUCAUUGGCAGAUGAUGUCAGAGAGAAUGUUAGGAAUCGGGGAAGUCAUUUUAACGAGAGUGACUGGAAAGAAACCGUUUUUGACCAGUGCUUUGACAAGUUAAAGGCUCUGCUCCAAUGUCUGCCCCUGCUUCCCGACAAAAAGAAAGAGCUUUUGGAGGAGCUUUCUGCAUGGAAAACAGAAGGUUUCAAGCGGAUUGUUGAUAAUGAUGUCAAAGAUCUACUAGGAAAGUUCCAAAACGUCAAACUUGCUUCAAUUAAUGAAAAAUUGGACGAUAUGCCAACUAAGGAUGAGAGCGAAAGAGUGAUUAAAAAGCUGCAUUCCUUUCACACCAGUUUGAUGGAGAAAUUAGAUAGUAUGGAAUCGUUCAUUCGAGAAGUUCAUCACAAGCUAGAUGGAACGAGCGUCAGGGCUCUUAAUGAAGGAACCAGCAGGGGGUUUCACCAUACGAGACCUGGCGAUUUAUUUACAGACGUUACUUCCAAAGAAACACGCCAAAUAGGGAACAAGCACAAGAACCCAGGAUCGAUCUGCAAUCUUCGAGCCAAAAUUGCCAAGGAAAAGAAUCCGGAUCCGCCCUACAAACUUAGAGGUGAAAAUGCCAUGUUAGCAAGGAAAAGGAUACACAAUGCUGCAAUCAAUGGUGAAUGUGACGUCAUCAAACUACUUCUUGAAAGUGGUGAUAAUGGCGACCAAACGGAUAAGUUUGGUUUGACGCCUCUUCACCUUGCUGUAUGGUAUGGACAGAGAGCUGUUGUAGAACUCUUGUUACAGUACGGAGCAAAUGUUGAUGCUGUAGAUAGGUUUCAGAAAACAGCCCUGCAAAAAGCUGAACGCAACAAUCACCGAGGCAUUGUUAGGCUGCUCUUGAAGAAUAAAGCGAGUCCCGGUUACAACCAACCGCAUAGCCUGAAAUCCCUUUCAAGGAGAGCUUUUCUGCAUGUAGAUGCACGAUCCGGCUUCAAUCGACUGCAAGCCGCUGUAUUUCAUGAUGACUAUGACACAGUUUGGGAAGCUCAAUGCUGCCUCGAGGAUCAUGUUCAACACAUGAAUUAUCAAAAAACAGGAAACCAAGCAAAGGUAUCUCCUGGAAAAACUGCGUUAGAGAUUCUCUUUGCCCUCCAAGAAAAAGGAGAAGGAAGUGUUGAAAUAGAAAAAAUGUACAAAGAGUACGUUGAAAAGAUCGAUACAUUAACUGAGCUGCACUUAUGUAGAGGAAGCGAUGACGCAGAGAAGGCUGUCGAGAUUGUUCUAAACGACAGGGUAGACGUAGAUAUCCCAGCAAAGAGCAAUCGUACGCCUUUGAUGUGGGCAAGUACAUCAUCAUCUGGCGAGUUUAUCCAGACCCUCAUUGAUCUUGGAGCUGACGUAAAUGCUCAGAGACCAGAUGACAAUGUCACGCCUUUAGUUGUGGCGGCGCAUUUUAACAAUUAUGGAGCCGUUAAUAUUCUCUUGAACCACGGAGCUCAAAUGAACAUUCAAGAUAAUUACGGAGAACAACCAUUGCACGACAGUGCUAAACAAGGAUUUUUUAAC